UCGUUGCCAUCCUCUGUGCCUUGUGAAGCUGCUGCUGCUGCUGCUGUUGUUGUUGUAUUUCCUUCUCUUCCCUUCGGAGCUGCAGUGAAGAACCAUCAUGGCGGACAAGGCCGUUACGAUCCGAACCAGGAAAUUCAUGACGAACAGGCUCCUCUCCAGGAAGCAAUUCGUCAUUGAUGUCCUUCAUCCAGGAAGGGCAAACGUUUCCAAGGCCGAGUUGAAGGAGAAGCUAGCAAGGAUGUAUGAUGUGAAGGAUCCAAACACUGUGUUUGUCUUCAAAUUCCGUACAAAUUUUGGUGGUGGUAAAUCCACUGGCUUUGGCUUGAUUUAUGAUUCUGUUGACAAUGCAAAGAAGUAUGAACCCAAGUACAGGCUUAUCAGGAACGGGCUUGAUACUAAAGUAGAAAAGUCAAGGAAGCAAAUGAAGGAGAGAAAGAAUAGAGCUAAGAAGAUUCGUGGUGUCAAGAAGACCAAGGCUUCUGAUGCUGCCAAGGCUGGAAAAAAGAAAUGAGUCUUGAGUUGCCCUGUUCUGAUCCUGUGCUGUUUUGCUCUAUUGGUAUUAUCCAACACCUAUUUUCUUUUGUGUUAGGUCUAUAGAAUGAUAUUGUUAGUGGAUCUUGGUUUAAUUUGUGUUCCAUUUUAACCGAGUUUCUGAGUACUAUUAAUGAACAAUUUUGAGAAUUCUUUUUUGUU